AUGCGGGUUGAUUGGGGCGACAUUCUCUCUAUCCCCCCCUCCCCAAACCCUAACUCGGCAGUCAUUAAUACCAUCAAUUCCAGAAGUCCGAGUCCCCAGCCAUAUUGGCGGGAAAACUCCAACACGGGCUCUGUGACUGUGAUUGGGGAAGGAGGCAGAGUAUGGCGGCGCUGCGCGGCUGGAGCGUGUUUCUAUCUAUCUAUCUAUCUAUCAUCUAUCAAUCUCUCUCUCUCUCUCUCUGUGUUUUUCUAUCUAUCUAUCAUAAGGCUCUAUCGUCAUUUUUGGUGUUAUUCAUUUUAUUCUUUUUCUUCCUCAUUUUCAUUCUUUUUCCCCAUUUUCAUUCUUUUUCUUUCACAUUUUCGUUCUAUUUCUUUCCUAUAUUCGAUUUCAAUCGUUUUCUUUUUAGUUUUUCAUUUUCAUUGUUUUUCUUUCACAUUUUCUUUCUUUCUCUUUCACAUUUUCAUUCUUUCUCUCUCAUUUUUAUUCUUUCUCUUUCAUUUUUAUUUUCUCUUUCAUUUUUAUUCUUUCUCUUUCAUACUUUCAUUCUUUCUCUUUCAUUCUUUCUCUUUCAUUCUUUCUCUUUCUUUUUCUUUCUCUUUCAUUCUUUCUCUUUCAUACUUUCAUUCUUUCUCUUUCAUUCUUUCUCUUUCAUUCUUUCUCUUUCAUUCUUUCAUUCUUUCUCUUUCAUUCUUUCUUUUUCAUUCUUUCAUUCUUUCUCUUUCAUUCUUUCAUUCUUUCUCUUUCACAUUUUCCUUUGAUUUCUUUCCCGUUUACGUUCAGUUGAUUUUCUCUUUUCGUUUUCUUCUUAAUUUUCGUUCGUUUCUUUCUUGUUUUUAUUUGUUACCUUUCGUUUUCUUUUUCCCCAUUUCCUUCAGUUUUAUACAGUUUUUUUUCUUUCUUUUAUUUCUUCAUCCCCGUUUGGUUUCUUCCUUUAUUUUUUUUCUUUCCUUUUUGUUCCAUUAUUAUUGCAUCUUUCACUACAUUUCUCGUUUUCAUUCUUUUUCUUCCUGUCUUCGUUUUACUUUUUCUUCCUGUCUUCGUUUUACUUUUUCUUAUUUCUUUUUUUUUUUCUUUUUCUUUUUUGCCACGCUUGUUCCUUUUCUUUUUAAAGGGAGGCUGUUCUUUUUUUUUCUUCCACCUGUCAAUAAAAUCUCGCGCGACUAA